UAGAGUGGUUCCCUACUCUAUAAUACAUUGUUCAUGCGUGAUAGAAAAUAGGAUGACAGACUGACCGUUUGUGUAUACUAAACAUUUACAAGAAUAUUUUGGCACCUUUUAUUCAACAACGGUCAUAUAUAUUAUAUCUUGUUACUCCAGUAAAUAAAUAUAAACUUAUUUUCCAAUUGUUUAGAUUUUACAGUUUUAUUAAUUAAUCAUGGGAAGCAAAGGAAUAGAAAUGGAUCAAAUUCUAGCCCAGAGGCUUCUCGUUGAAGGUGCUACAUUAGUUAUGCUGGAUGUACCUGUUGGCACAGAGUUUGGCAUUGAUUUAAAAUCCUGGAAUACAUUAGAUAGUUUUAAAGGGAUUAAAAUGAUCCCACCAGGAUUUCAUUAUGUACAUUAUAGUGCUGUAGAUGAAUUUGGAGAAGCAACACCUAAAGUUGGCUUUUUUCAUAUAUUUAAAAAGUCUGAAUUUCUAGUGAAACGUUGGGACGCAAAAGAAGAAGAUUUAAGUUCAGAAACUAUAGAAGAAGAAACGGUUGAAAGGUACAAGAGCAAUUUGAAAGAUUUAGAUAGAUUUCUAGGAUGUUACCCUUAUGAUAUAUGGAAACAAUGGAAGGAAUUAACAAAUCAUAUUACCCCUCCUCUUGUUGAACGUUGUUCACCCAUAUGUGGUUUUGUAAGAUCAGCAUUAGAAUUAGAAUAUUGCACUGAUGCUGCAAGACCAAGAGGUGGAGAAUCAAGUUCGAAAAGAAGAAGGAGGAGUGGAAUUACCAUAGAAGAGAAGGAAGAUGAGCUUCUUCCUGAUAUGAAACCUAAGCCUGGAACAGAACUUCGACUUUCAAAAAUACCUUGUAAGCAAUAUCCAGAUGGAGCAUCGCCAACUGAAAUUACAAAGUACUCUUUGGAUACGAGUUAUGCAUUGGAUACUGUUCUUAAGAAAUUAACACUUCCCAUAGAGAUAAUUGGUGAAAUGGAGUUGGCAUUUGUCUGUUUUCUUGUUGGACAAAGUUUUGAUGCCUUUGAACAUUGGAAGAAACUUGUAUCUCUUAUUUGUGGAGCCGAUUGUGCGAUAUCGCAACGUCGCGCAAUUUACAUUGAAUUUAUGAAAGCAUUAGAAGUUCAAUUGAUGCACGUACCCGAAGACAUACUUUGUGACAUUGUAGCCAAUAAUAAUUUUGUUUAUCAUAAUUUACGCAAAUUGUUCGCAAAUAUUGAAAUGAAUUCUGAAUUAGAUGGACGUUUAAAAUCUUAUACAACGAGAUUUAGCGAACGAUUGUCUAUAAAAUUUUUGUGGGAUUUUUCUAAUUUGCAGGAAGAAACUGAAGAUGAAGCGCCGGUUGUUGUUUCGUUAGAAUAGUUGUAAAAUG